AUGCUUCGCAAGCACAUCCUGUUGGCGCCGCUGGCGUGUCCAUCGUUCCCCGAAGUUCUCUGUAGCGGCUCGGCGUGCGUGGUGGCGACACGACCAUUCCACACUACUCGCGUAUCUUUCAGCAAUGGUAGCAGCGGAAACGGCACCCAGCAGCGCUCCGCCGCGGAAGAGGAUAAGGAGGAGCUAGAGAGGGAGCGGCACCUGCGUGGGCAGUUUGCGCAGAAGAUUCAGCAGGGCCUGCCGCGGCAGCAAGGCGGUGCCGGUGCGGGUACUGGGAACAUGGGUGGUGGCUUUGGACAGGGCUCUGAAUGGGGCGUGGGAGGCGGCACUGUUCCCUUUGCGGGCCAGCUGCCUGUGAAUCCUGACAUGUUUCGCAAAAUGUUCAACUUUAUGUUUUACCUCACGGCUCUCUUGUUCGUGAUGCUGAUGGUGCCGCUUGCCAGUACGAACUCGCCCUUGCACACGAUGCAAGGGCUGCCGUGGUGGGAACUCCCGAUCGGCUCCGCAGCCUAUUUUCUUCUGUUGCGUGCCUUGUACUCCAGACAUGAGCAGAAUCGCAUCAAAACCGAGUUCGAGAACGCCGCGCGCGCGAACCCGACUCUCACGUUUGACCAGUUCAUUACGCAGACCUACCCCACCAUGUUUCAAGGCUACCGCACAUCGCAGCCGGAGGUGGUGGCGGCGGUGUCGGCGUGCUUGUCAUCUGCGAAGGAUCUGCGCUUUGCACAGACGAUGGUGCGCGCGGCAGGCCGUGCGAAGGAUCCUCGUUCGUCGACCGACGACGUCAUGGACGCGCUGCGCCGUGACUUCCCUCAGCUAUUCUAG